CCACCUGUGACCCUUCUCCAUCUUUCUAGACCCAUCUCCCCCACCAGUCUAAAUCUCUCUCCCAUCAUCCAUUCCAUGGAUUCUCCAUCAUCAUCUCCAUCUAUUCCACGUCAUCGCCACCUUCUCCCAUGGCCUCCUUUCUGCUCCAUCCUUCCUUAUCCUGGCAAAACAAGAUCCUCCCACAUUCCAUUUCCUUCCCAUCGAAACACCCAUUCCUUCAAACCACAAUCCCCUCCUCCUUACUCCCUUUGAAACCCCGCCCACUUAGAAAACACCCCAAAUUCUCCGCUAGAGAAGAAGAAGAAAGAGAACCCAUUCCUUCUUCCACUCUAACCGUUGCCCCCGAAAGAGAAUCGGAUGAAAAACAGACCGUAACUGCUCCCGGAACCGAUGGAAGUGGAGAAGGAGAGUCCGAGGAGAAGACCCAGAAGCAGGAGAUUGAUUGGAAGGCAGAUGAGGAUUUCAAGAAGUUCAUGGGCAAUCCGUCGAUCGAGGCAGCUAUCAAAUUGGAGAAGAAGCGAGCUGAUCGGAAGCUCAAGGAGCUCGACAUGGAGACGGAUGGUAACCCAAUUACUGGGUUCUUCAAGAACAUCAUCCGCGACAGCUUGGCGAGGGAGAAGGAAAGGUUGGAGAAAGCCGAGGAGGCUUUCAAGGCAUUGGAUCUUAAUAAGUUAAGGAGCUGUUUUGGGUACGACACGUUCUUUGCCGUCGAUGCACGGAGAUUUGGAGACGGUGGUAUUUUUAUUGGGAAUAUGAGGAAACCCAUUGUAGAAGUCAUGCCCAAAUUGGAGAAGAAGAUCUCUGAGGCGGCCGGGCGAGAAGUCGUCCUAUGGUUCAUGCAAGAACAAACAAAUGAUGUAACGAAGCAGGUUUGUGUGGUGCAACCAAAAGCAGAAAUAGAUCUCCAAUUUGAGGCGACAAAGCUGAGCACUCCUUGGGGAUAUGUCAGUGCAAUAGUCUUAUGUGUUGCAACUUUUGGGACAAUUGCUCUGAUGAGUGGAUUCUUCCUUAAGCCGGAUGCGACAUUUGAUGACUACAUAGCUGAUGUAAUCCCUCUCUUUGGCGGCUUCCUUUCUAUCUUAGGGGUUUCUGAGAUUACAACAAGGAUAACAGCAGCUCGCUAUGGUGUUAAACUCAGCCCAUCUUUUCUCAUUCCAUCCAACUGGACAGGAUGCCUAGGAGUGAUAAAUAACUAUGAGUCACUGCUGCCCAAUAAGAAUGCCCUUUACGAUAUUCCUGUUGCCCGCACAGCUAGUGCAUACUUGACAUCGUUAGUGCUUGCAAUCACAGCUUUUGUGGCUGAUGGAAGCUUCAAUGGCGGUGACAAUGCUCUGUAUAUUAGGCCUCAGUUUUUCUAUAACAACCCUUUGCUUUCUUUCGUUCAAUUCGUAAUUGGGCCUUAUGCCGAUGAUCUUGGGAAUGUAUUGCCAAACGCAGUUGAAGGGGUCGGAGUGCCUGUUGAUCCUCUUGCUUUUGCCGGUCUUCUAGGGAUGGUUGUGACUUCUUUGAACCUAUUGCCAUGCGGAAGGCUCGAAGGGGGUCGGAUAGCUCAAGCUUUAUUUGGGAGAAGCACUGCGACACUUCUCUCUUUUGGGACAUCACUGCUGUUGGGAAUCGGCGGCCUGAGCGGCAGUGUCCUUUGCCUGGCUUGGGGUCUGUUCGCGACCUUCUUCAGAGGCGGAGAAGAAAUACCCGCAAAGGACGAGAUCACACCGUUGGGGGAUGACAGGUAUGCAUGGGGACUUGUGCUGGCCAUUGUCUGUUUUCUCACUCUCUUCCCCAAUGGUGGAGGCACAUUUUCAAGCUCAUUCCUUAAUCCACCAUUUUUCAGAGGGGAUGUGUAAAUGGCAAUGUAGAUAGUAUGUAUUCUACAAAUGUGUAUCAGUAAAUGCACAGCAGCAUUUGUAUCAUAUACCCACUUAUACCAACCAUCCAGGACCACUGGUUGGUGGGUUCUUGUGAAAUGCUAAGGGGAUCUAGUCGUUCA